ACGCAUUCUUAUGUCGGUCGGCUUCUGAGGGAACGUUUUGCAUUAUUUUUGCUGAAGUUAAAAUUUUUCUGUCGUACUUUCAGUAGUUGCAAAAUUCAUGAGGAAUUUACAAGACUAGGAAAUUAUGCAACCAGCGACAAUGCUUCCGAAACUUACGGAAACCACCCAAACCAUAUCAUUCUCUGAGGGGGAUGGUGUGUGCAGCGCAGAGGUUUUUGCGAACCAAGUGGUGGUGACCACAAAUGCAGGGAACCACAACCACGGCAGCUCUAAGGUGAAGCUCAAGAACCUUGUGGACUACAACUGGGAGCCCAAGUUUUAUCCUGGCCAGCUGCUCGCUAUACACUUGAGCGGGAAAUACUUGGCAUAUUCAAUUAAAGCACCCAAUGCGGUGAACCCAGGAACAUGGAGUGGAAUGGUGCGCGUUGUCUACAACACGGAACCGGGCAUCGACAGACGAGCCUUGAUCAAAGGCAUGAAAGGAGAGGUGCAAGAUUUAUCAUUUGCCCACAUACAGAAAGAAGUGGUGCUAGCAUGUAUUGACGAACAUGGCAACUUUUAUGUCCAUGAGAUUGAAGCUACUGACAGUGGAUUACGAUGCACGCUCAUAGCGGAGGUGCGCGAAGAGACGGGCUCGCUGGGCGCGUGGCACCGCGUCGUGUGGUGCCCCUACAUCCCCGACGACGACGACGACGCGCCCAGCGACGACGUCGCACGGCUGCUGCUCACCACACACAAUAAUAUCGCUCGCAUGUGGAACAUCCGCGCGGCGGCGACGGGUUCCGGCGCCGCGGGCGCUUGCGGCGGCGCCGUGUGGGGCGGCGAGCACUCGGCGCCGCUCGUGGACGCCGCCUUCUCGCCCGACGGCACCGCGCUCGCCACCGCCUCGGCCGACGGCUACGUCAUGUUCUUCCAGGUGUACAUGCACAACGAGAGCAGCCCGCGCUGCCUGCACAAGUGGCAGCCGCACGCCGGCAAGCCGCUCAGCUGCCUCUUCUUCCUCGACAACCACAAGAAUUACAAUUCAGAUGUCCAGUUCUGGAAGUUCGCAGUGACGGGUGCCGAGAACAACACAAGCAUCAAGAUCUGGUCGUGCAAGUCCUGGAAUUGUUUGCAGAGCAUCUCGUUCACGACCGGCCCCUCGGCUGAACCAGCUAGCCUGGGUCUCAAGGCUAUGCUGGAUUCCAGCGCUAGCUACCUCAUACUAUCUGACUUUAAGGCUCGAAGCCUUUACGUAUUGAACAUGGCGCGUGACGCAGAAGACAGCACCGCGUACUGCAGAAGUAUCUCCGAGUUUCUGCUGCCCUACCCCGUGCUCAGCUUUUGCAUCGUCGACGCCGAAGAAGAACAAGCCAAGUGCGAGUCAAGCUGCGACGACCCGUUCCACCGCAACGGCUCCGGCGACGACGCUCCUGCUGAGCCCGAUGACUUCGACCUACAAGGCCACGAGAGCCCCGGUGCGGAGUGCGGCGAGUCUGGGCGGCGCGUGCGCGUGCGGCUGUACAUCGUGCAGCCCAAAGGACUCCAGGAGGGCGAGCUGGUGUAUGCGCAGCCCAGCCCGCGCACGCAUGGUCUCUCGGAUCUCGCGCUGGAGCCGCCGGCGGCGUGCGAGGCGCCCGGCAUCGCGUCCAGCAUCCUGCAGCAGCAGAGCCAGCAGCUCAAGAGCCUGCUCAUGAGCAAACAGACGCAGCCGGGCAGCCUCAUCGGGCAACGACCGGAAUCGCCCGUCAUCACGCCGCAGCUGAACCUCAUGACUCCUGACGCUUUCAGCUCACCCGGCAAGCGCGAAGAAGACGACCCACCCCUGUCGGCGACGCCUGACGUCACCGGCGUUUCGCGCACCUCCACAGGAGGCUUAGUAGUAAGCGACAGCGUCAGCGGAGGCACGAGCGCCAGCGGGGGCAGCGGCGCGCUCGGCGGCGCCAAGCUCGCCUCCGCCGGCUCCAGCCCCAGCCGCGAGGUCCAGGAGAUCAUGGCGCACGGCGACUACUACCCCCCCAUGCAGGAAAACGACGACGUAGAAGAAGAUACAGAACCGGAAGCUCCAAUCACAGUCAUAACUCCUACAACUGAGCCGGCCAACGCUCCCGCCAACGCGUCGAGCACGGUCAACGUCGCUGCCUUGACCAACGCGGCUAAUUUAGCCAACGUUGCAAAUCUGACUAACGCAGCUAACAUGGCUAACGUUGCAAAUUUGACUAACGCCGCCAACAUUGCUAAUGUGGCUAGUUUGACCAACGCCGCCAAUUUGGCCAAUGUUGCCAGUUUGACCAACGCGGCCAACUUGGCCAAUGUGGCCAAUCUCCCGGCGGCGCUGGCGGGCGCGGCGCGCAGCGAGCUGUUUGUACCGCCGGAAAAGCCGCCGCCACCCGGCAAGCUCGUGCAUUCAAACAGCGACACGUCCUGGCCCCAAAUCUCGCUCGCGCAGAUAUCGGAAGCCAAUCAGCGCAAGGCGUCGAGCGACAAGUCGAGCAGCCAGUCGCUCAACGCGUCGCUGCUGACCGCCAACGACCGCGAACGCGACCGCGACCGCGACACGCCGGCUGAGCGCGCUAGACUUGAUGCCCUGGACCUGAAGCUGGAUAAACUCACAGAGCUGGUGUCGGCACAGAGCCGCGAGCUGCGUGCACUACGAGGCGCUGUGGCCAGCCCGCGCGAGGCCGUGGACGCCGCGUUGCACGCGCACGCUGCUCGCACCACCGCCGCCAUCCACGAGGCACUCUCCGAGGGCUGGGAGCGCAUAGCGCGCGUGGGCGAGGCAGCGUCGGGUCGCGCGGCACAGGCGGCGGGGCUGGGCGCAGCACGUGCGUUGGAGCCGCUGGCGGCCGCGCUGCAGCACGAGCUGGCCGCCAAGCUGUCCGCCACCGACCACUUGCUGCGCGACAACAUCGACAAGCUGGCCAACAGCAAGACCAUGAUGGAGCGGCUAAGCACGUCAAUAGCGAAAUCCCUCUCGGACAUGGUGCGCGAGUCAUUCCGCGAGACGCUCUUCGAAUGCGUGGUGCCCGCCAUGGAGAAGGCGCACGCGCAGCUUUUCAGGCAGAUCAACGGCGCCUUCCAGAAUGGCACUAAGGAGUUCGCGGCCAACACAGAGGCGGCCGCGCGCGCGGCGGCGGAGCGUGGCGGUGCCGCCGCUACCGCGUCCCUCCGCGCUGCCCUUGACCGCCACGCCGCAGCCCUGGCCGCCGCCGCCGCCAACCAUCCUUCCCCGCACCACUAUGCGCCCGCCUUGCAAGAAGCGGCACACAGUGUUCUGGAGAAGGAGAUGGUGUGGUGGCGCGAGCAGGCGCGCUCGCUGGCGCUGCAGGUGUCGCGCGCGCACUCGCCCGCCACGCCCGCCGCCUCGCACGCCUCCUCCAUGGACCGCCAGAUGCAAGUGGCCCAGAUACAGUCACUAAUGAGCAGCGGCGACAUGAACGGCGCGUUCCAAUUAGCUCUCUCAGCUUCGGACUUGGCGCUGGUGAUGUCUGCGUGCCGCGCCGCCGAGCCCGCGCGCGUGUUCGGGCCGCCCUGCCAGCUCAAACAGCACGUGCUGCUGUCGCUCGUGCAGCAGCUUGCAGCUGAUAUGUCGCGGGAUACUGCUCUCAAGCACAGAUACUUAGAAGAGGCGAUAAUGAACCUGGACACGUCAAACCCAGUCACACGCGAGCACUUACCGGUUGUAGUGCGCGAGCUUCAGAAGCAGGUGUGCGCAUUCCUAUCGGCGCAGCCUUCGCACGCGCUGGCGCGGCAGUUCAAGAUGCUGCUGAUGGCCGCCGACUCGCUGGUCAAGGCCGCCUGACCGCCCGCCUGCCGCUGCCGCUGCCGCGCGCACCACUACUGACUAGUGACGACGUAGUGAUGUGACAGUGACGGACUUGUGGACUGACGUGUUGAUGUGACGAUGUUACUAGUGACGCAGCUGAGAUUUUUAUGGCGGGUGGAGUUUAGCCAGCAACGAGGAAAAACUAGAGUUAAAAAAAUGUAUUAGGCGGUUAUCAUGAUUUCAUAUAAAAAAUCCCGCGCGCGGACGCGUUGUCAGUGUGUACCGCGCGUGUUUUCUAUACAAACUGUACUUGCAUACAAUGAUCAAAUGUGUCGUCCCGCGUACCGCGGCGGAGCGCGGCGCAGUGUGAUAAUCGCCUUAAUUUUGAUCAAGUCACCGUUGCUGGCUAAUACAUAAAACGCCGUGUUGCUUGUCUACGAUACGUCCGCUGGCGGAUUUCGUCAAAUGUAAUGAUUCAGGAACCAGUGAAGAGAAAUUGAAGAUUCUAUCGAUAUUCAGUUUUGUGUUACGAAAAUAUCUAUGAACAAAAUCGUAGACAGGCUGUGUGUGUAUAAAUGCGAUGUUGGUAAUGCAUAAAUGUUAAACUUGUGUGCUAUAGACACUGUCACGUGCGGAUUUUUUACAAAAUGAGUAGAAUUAGCGCUUGAGUGGAACAAGUGCUGCGCUAUUGUGAUAGACAUUGUUCACACUACUAGGAUUAGAAAAUGUUUCAAUAUAAAACUAUGUAUUUCAUUUUGUUAUUAUCACAUUGACUCCUCCUGUCUAAAAGUAUAUCAAAACUCAUGUCACAUUUCAAAAGAAAUUUUUUUCAAUUUGUAUGAUUUUUGUGAUUAAACUUACCUAUUUCAGAUGAUAUGAUUUUGAGAAAUGCCAAUCCGACAAUAGCAGCUAAUAAAUGGUGCCAUGAGAAAAGUGACUUUAAAUGUUGUUUAGUACACAUGUUCCUACUUAAAUACACAAUAUACUGCCAUACUUUUGAUAGAAGUUUAUUCAUGAUUCCUAACUAAACAUAAACAGCUAAGAACCGUUUCAAUUUCAUACUAUGUGAAGUAGCAUUUUGUCAGUUACAAAUUAGCAGUUUGUAUAACCUUGAAGUUAUAAAAAUAAACACUCCUAGUUCAAGGAUCUAAUAUAUUGUUUCGUAUUGGCGUUAUUCUAAAGCAGUGGUUCUUAACCGGUGGUCCGAGGACCACUAGUGAUCCCUGGAGGCAUUCCAAGUGAUCCGCGAAGACAUCGUAGUAAACAAGUGACGUGACGUGAUGAGUCGAGUCAACACAACGCAAACGGCGCACAGUGGGCGAGAAAUCGACCUUCCCUUUCAUAGGAUUUUGAAUGACAAUAAGUGGUCCCUGACAAGACAGAAAUUUGGUAAAAUGGUCACUCGUGACUUAAAGGUUAAGAACCACUGUUCUAAAGGGAGGUAUCUCUGCUGUAUUCUUAUCACAUAUUUUCUUCACGUUACUACUAUUUGUCUCACUCUCAUGCCCUUUCAGUACUUUGCCUAUUUCAUAUACCUCGUGCAUAAAGCUUCAAGUGCACAUUUCCGAUGGUAGUAGAUACUUACAACUUGAUGACAUGACUGAAUUCAAUGACUGAUAAAUUGAUAUAAGUCAACACCUAUCUUUGACUAUUUUAAGAUCCUAAGCUCCCUAUUGCUUCUGCGUUGGGCCAUUUAUACCUUUAAAAGGGUGUUCAAUAUAAUAAUAUGCAUUAAGUAUAUUGUUACAAGUUACUGUGAUGAGUCAAGUGUAACUGUGUGUACAAAUGCGAAGCUGCCUGAUAGAUUAGAGUUAAGUGCUUAUUGUAGGACUAUGACUGCUGAAUGUGCUCAGUAUGGAUAAAUGUAUAACAAAAACAUGAGAAUGUGAAUAUGUAUUAUGUGAAUGUUUCAAUGUUUCUUCUUGAUUAAAUAUAUUUCGCUGACAGAUUAUUUAUAGGCAUUCAUGCUUCGGAUAACAUCAAAGUAUUAAAAAUAAAGCAUGGUAUGUAACGCUUGUAUGCGCAGUUAACUCAAAAGUGUGCAUGAACUACUCAGUGGUGAUAUUGUAUUUAUUUCGUUUGCUUAUAAGUGCAAGAAAUUGUUUGUUUAGUAGCGAGUACCACCGUGAAGUGCGUAACGCACAGAGAAGCAGCUUCAUCUGUGGGCAUGGAGCGAUAUUAUGAAAAUGAAUCAAAGGGAAGUACCAAUACUGUCUAGAACAUAAUGUUUGAACAAACUUGAAUUUUUAAAUUAACGAACAAACUAUGAUCUUUAUGUUGGCUAGCAUGUAUUGGUGCUUUAAUCGCCUUUUAAAGAGUAUCUUCUCUUUAAAUUACCAAUAACUUUUCGCAUACUGUUUCUCUGUGAGUUCAGAGGUGCUACUGUAUUGUACUCAGACAACUAUGUGUUAUACGUAAGUCUUUCAAGUUCUGAAAACGUACCUAUGAGGUUAACAAUAUUGUUUAAAAGUUAUGUAUAAUUUAAUAUUGUUUUUGUAAAGAACAUCAUCAUCACAAAAUAAACAGUAGAGGUCUCACAUCAUACUGACCAAAUCCCAGAUAACAGUUCUCACUUAUGUUCAGGUCGUAAACGAUUUGGUAACAUUUCUCUGUAAAUCUGCCAAUGCACAGCUCAACCAACAAGACCAAUGCUUUUUUCAAGUAAUUUUUCAUAUUUUUCUUAAUUAAGAUCUGACAAUUAAAAGUUUAUUGUUUUAGGUGUCGUUAAAUUGUUGCUUCUAUUUAUUUUAUAUUAUUGAAACUUAAAUCUUAAUUUAAUUUGAGAUUUCUUACUAUAAACUCAUUGCCUCAUUUGUUUUUCUCGUACCUAUGCGUGACGUUGUGUUGCGACUGGCCGCAGGGCCCCAAGAUAUUCAGUUACUAUAGAAGUAUUUAAUUACUGUAGAAAGCUAGGACAUUAAUUGAUUUGACAGAUUUUAGUUUAUUAUAACGAUGAUUGUCACAGAUCGAGAGUAAGUAUUUAUAAGAAAAUGUAUAAAUAAAUGAGACUAUUGAUUUGUAA